GAAGGAAAGCAGAUGAAAUGGGGAAGGAGGGAAUUUACUUAAAGUUGCAGUCCUUUUCAGAGCUGCACACAUACACACACACACGCUCCUGGUACAGAUCAAGAUGAAGAUGUGGUUCGUACUGGUGAUGCUGCCGGCGUACGCUGCGGGUCUUCAAGAUCUGUCAGGUAAAAUGUUCACCUUCCCACUGCAAACCAACAAAGCUCACGUGAUCCUGAACGCAACCAAACAAGAUUUCAGCGCCCUAACAGUCUGUCACAGAUCCUUUACAGACCUCCCGAGAGACCACAGCCUGUUCUCUUUGGCCACCCCCUCUACUGCCAAUGACUUCCUGAUCUUCUGGGAUGGAACAAACAGGGAGAUUGAGCCUCACAUCCGGAAUAGCAAGGUGGAAUUUAGAGGACGAGACUACAAGCCAGACGCGUGGCACUCUGUUUGUACCACAUGGGACUCGGUGUCUGGACUAGUACAGCUGUGGUUUGAUGGACAACCUUCGGUUAGGAAGUUCAUCAGCUCUGGAUUCAACAUCCAAGGGCCAACUAUAAUUAUUUUAGGACAGGAGCAGGAUUCCCACGGUGGGGGGUUUGAUGUCAAGCAGUCCUUUGUUGGAAUGAUGUCUGAUGUCCACAUGUGGGACUACGUCCUCUCCUCCUGUGAGAUCAUGAACUACAUGGAUGAAUGGAACUACACUCCGGGGAAUGUGCUUAACUGGAAGGCGCUGGACUUCCAGAUUGUAGAUAAAGUUCUGGUAGAAAAUAAAAUGAUGUCAUGUACUAAGGUUUUUAAAACUCAGUGUCAAAAACCAAUGUGAGAAAUUUAUGUCAGUUUUCUUUUAUUAACAUCCCCAUGAUGAAAAAAGCCACAAGUGUCUCUUCACAGCCAGCAUGCAUGGUAGUUCAACCUAGGUUUAAGUGAUUAAACACAAAAUGGUGAAUGUUUUAUUAAUGACAUAAUAAAAAUAAAUCCUACACUUCAAUCAUUGCCAUAAAUACAGAAAUGGUUAAAAAUGUUAUUUUUGAUGAUGUAUGUUUUUGGCUACAAUGUAAUUUUUAAAAUAAAAGAAGAGAAGAGAAAGCAAA